CAUACACCCAAUUCAUUCCAAUUAUACAGAGACACUCAUUUGCAUAUAAAACAGUUGCCAGACCUAGUAAGUUCCUGUAAAUUGGAGCAUAUUGCUAUCAAGUCAUGGAGGACACACUUGUGAAUGUAAAGAAAUGGGUAGAAGAAAACAAAGAUGCUUUCCUGCCGCCAGUAUGCAAUAAGCUUAUGCAUCACCGACAGCUCAAUAUAAUGUUUGUUGGUGGACCAAACCAACGGAAAGAUUACCAUAUUGAAGAAGGAGAAGAGUUGUUUUACCAGCUGCAGGGAGACAUGUGCCUGAAGAUAAUAGAAAAUGGAAAACACAAGGACAUCCACAUUAAAGAAGGAGAGAUGUUUCUUUUACCAGCCAGGAUUCCACAUUCUCCACAAAGGUAUGCAAACUCUGUGGGACUGGUAAUUGAAAGGAGAAGAUUAGAAACAGAAACUGAUGGACUGAGAUAUUAUAUUGGAGAAUCAACAGAUGUCCUUUUUGAAAGAUGGUUUUACUGUGAGGAUCUUGGUACACAACUGAUUCCAAUAAUUCAAGAAUUUUUCAGUUCAAUGGAGUAUCAAACUGGAAAACCCAAUCCAGGUGAAAUCUUAAGAGCAAUUCCUUUUCCACUAAAUGAUGUUACAGUCAUGGAUCCUUUUUCUUUGCAAGAUCGGCUGAAUGAUUGCCAAGAAAAUAUAGCUCUGAAACAAACCUUGAGUCUUUUUGGAGACAACUUUGAAACAGAGGUUGUAAUAUUUGGACCAGGAACAACUGAAGAGAGAGGAAAGAAUGCAGAUAUAUGGAUAUGGCAGAUGGAAGGUGCAUCUUUUGUUACUAUUGAUAGAAAAAUCCUGACUUUAAGGGCUGACGACAGCCUUCUUGUCCCAAUGCAAACUAAGUUUCACUGGAAGAGAGAUGAAGGAUCCAUUGCUCUUUCUGUUGCUCAGAAUCCAGAGAGGAAAAGACCCUAUGUCUGAGUUUGGUAUCCGUAGCCUGCUGUCAAGAAUUACUAAUACAAUUCUCUUUAAAUCCAGAAAGUGUCAAUGUUCUGCUUGUUUUAGAACUUUGAAAAUAUAAUGUAAAUGUAUUUCCUGGAACUGAGUGCAACUUGAGU